GGAUCAGCUGAUUGAGGUUUGUCGGGGGGCGGUUCCUGAGCCGAAAGCAAAAUGAUUUCCGCGGAAAGUAGGCCGAGGUCUAAUACUGCAAGGGAAGGACAGGUUGACAUUCGAGAAGAUGAAGAACAAGGACUCAAGCUUUCAGAAAUUGUUGAGCUUUUGGUUGCUGCUGGUUACUUUAGGGCUCGAAUUAAGGGUCUCUCUCCCUUUGAUAAAGUAGUAGGUGGUCUAACAUGGUGCAUUGAAACUUGCAACUUUGAUGUGGAUGUUGAUCUGCUAUUCAGUGAGAAUCUUACUAUUGGUCAGAAAAUAGCUCUGACGGAAAGAAUUGUUAGAGUUGUGCAAUCUAUGAAAUGCCCGCAUCAGCUAGAGCCUCACCAGAUUCAGGGUCUUGAUGCCAUACACAUCUUUCCAGUCAUACAGUGGCUUGUAAAAAAAGCUUUGGAAACCAGAGAGGAAUUUGUCGAUGAAACAAGGAACUUUACAGACUUCCUGUUUCACUCUUACUAUUCCACACCACAACAAGAAAAAAUCAAAGAAUCAUGGCCAACUGUGUCCAAGACCAUAUCUGAAGUACAGGGAUCAUAUGGACCCAAGAGAAGAUGGAGAAGGAAAACCUCAACACCACAGGAGUCAAAAAGCCAGCGUAUCCAGACAACAUUGUUAGAAUAUGGACAGCUGAGUUACAUGGGUAUAAAGAAAACACCUAAUCAGGAUGAACCAGAUGCUAAUACUGAGAUGGCAGAAGUUGAGCAACUGAUGCAGUCAAUGGAUGUUGCUGAUGUUGCUGAGGGUAAACUAAGUGCCCAGUAUGUAGGAAGCAUUGUCAGCACACGUGUGAAUGAGAUUGCAGCCACCUCAAAGCACUACUCAGAACUCCAGCAACAGAUUUCUGAGGAGAUCCUAGGGGACAGUGCCUCUUCCCAUGCCCGCUUGGUUGCAACUUUGGAAAAACAGCGUACAGCUUUAUCCAAACAACUAACAGAACAACAAAAGAAGGAAAAGACCGAACUACAGAAAUUAGAGGAAUUAAAGGCCAAAUUGACGGAUGUGAAACAGACUAGAGCAGGAUUAGAACAAGAGAUACAAGAACUAGGCAUAGUUGACACCAAGGAAAACAACAAGCUAUUGGAACAACUCUCAAAGCUGGUAGCAGAGAAUGAGGCAGUAAGGAAGAAAGAGGCUGAGUAUAAGGAUGGCUGUCGGAAAGAGUCAGAGAAGUUGAAGAAGGAAAUCAGUGAUCUACAAACAAGAUUAAGCGAAAUUGAUGUAGGAGAUGAAAUUACCGAAAGAUACACAGCAGAAAAGGAGAAGUAUUCCAAGAUGAGACGACAGCUGGCUAAAAAGACUAGGCAGGUGGAAGCCAUGAAACGUGUUAUAGAUGAUGUUCCUGGUCGGGCAGAGCUGUCACAGUACCAGAGACGCUUCAUUGAACUCUACAAUCAAGUUGCUGCCACUCACAGAGAGACUCAACAGUUCUACAAUAUGUACAACACCCUGGCGGACACAAAGACUUAUAUGGACAAGGAGCUUUCUCUUCUCAACUCAAUAUUAGAUAACAUGGCAAUUGCACUCAGUAAUUCUGCCAAUAUGGAUGAGUACCUUCAGCAACUAGAUACAAUAGUGGAGGGUAUACAUCAGAACAGACUAAAGCUCCAGAAAAGGCAGGCAGAGGAGAGAUCACAUCGCAACAAGCUGAGUGAUGAAUUAGCACGUCUCCAGGAGCUCAACCGUCAUUAUGCAAAAACAGUACAUCAGCUCGGACAAGAAAUAAAGAAAAAUGAAAUUCUGCAUCAAAAAGUUACCCAGAAAAAAGAGUAGGGGAUACAUAGAUGAGGCUCUCCCCCUUCCAUCUUACUGAAAAUAUAUAUCCCUGUUUGUAGUGCUCGUCAUGCACAAGAUUUUCUUUGAAGAAAUUUUGUUUUGAUUCAUGAAUUCAUUCUGAAUUAGAUAUGGGACAUUAUAGUAUACUAAGUAUACAUAAUUUGUAUGCUUUUUUGUAUACUUGUCUUACCCAGUAUCAUGGUAUAAUUUAAGAGGUGGCAGUAAUGUAAUGAGAGUUAAAUUUUUCUAUUAUUUAAAAAUAUUGUGAUUUUGCAUUCCACAAAUCUAUAUGUUGCCUUUGGUUUCAUGUCUGUUAUAAGGUUAUAGAAUGAACAUUUUAAUUUUUAAAGUAAUAAAUAGAAAAAGAAUAAAUCUCUAUCAUGGACCUGCAAGACUUCAUUUCAGAAAAUAUGCAUAGUAUUAUCAUGAGAGAAACUCUAAAACCCAAGAUUAAUGUAUAUAUGCUUACUGUGAUUGUGAUCUUGUAGUAAUUUCAUUGCUAACAAACUUGUUAUGUUUUUACAACAAAUCUAUAGACAGUCUUCAUAUUCUUUCUAUAUGCAAUUACAGAUGCAGAUAUCAAAACAACAAUAAUUUGAAACUGAUACAUAUUUAAGUGUAUGUAUAUGUAUGUACAUCUUGUAUUGUAUGAAAGAGUAUUUAUGUAUAAAAUGAUUUAAUAUCUCUGAAAGAAAAUAUUUUUCAAUAAAAUGUAGUAUGUUUUA